GUCGACAUGUAUUGUCGAAUUGAAGAAGAACGUCUAAGUUUCAUUACGAGAUGUCAAAAGAGGAUACAUAUUUCAAAUGGAAUCCGAACGGCUACGUUAGCCGAAUUAAAAGAAGUACAAAACGAUAUAAACGCUGAUGAGACGGCCGUUGGAGAAGGAGUAAUUGCUGGAAAAGUAUAUUUGCCGUAUACUUUUACGGGUGGACCGAGAUAUAUGAAAAUUAAAUAUAUGAAUGCUAUGAUGGUAGUCGAAAGAUUAGGUACUCCCGACUACUUUCUUACGUUUACAGCUAAUGGACAGUGGCCGGAAAUUAAAGCACCUACACACAAAUCUUCAAGAAUUUCAGAUGCGUGGAUUACCCUACGCUCAUAUUAUUUUUAA